AUGGCCGUUAGCCUUGCUCAAAGGUUCUCAUAAUCAGCUGAUUGUGCAGAAGGGUCUAUUUCACCAACCGUCAUUACGCAGCGUAUUAAGUGGAGUUAUACUGUGUCUGUGGAUUGUACCUGGGAUUUUACUCUUGUGGAUUUAGUUGUGGAAGGCCUGGUUCUAUGAAUGUAUAACAAAGUGCAGCCCCCAGUGAUGGCGACGACGACCGUGGGGAAGACAGGGGGGAAGUCACCACACUGCAAGGUCUGCGGUGACGAGUCGUCCGGAUUCCAUUAUGGGGUAGACUCAUGUGAAGGAUGCAAGGGAUUUUUCCGAAGAUGCAUCACCCAAGGAAUGACACAUAAGUGUGCAAAUGAAGAGAAGUGUGAGAUAACGCCUUUUACCCGCAAUAGCUGUCAGUAUUGUCGCCUCAAGAAGUGUUUCUCUGUGGGAAUGUCACGGGAAGCAUCACGCCUUGGUCGACGUCCCAAACGGCUGAAAGACGUGAGCGGUGAUUCACAGCGAUCUCAUCAAGUGAACCUCCCUAUUGCACCAUACCCCUCCCCAGCAGAACUCUACAGACUCAGAAUGGCAGAACUUCAGAAACUCCUCCAAGCUAAUGGCACCUUCAAGUCUGAGCUCAUGCAGGCGUUCCUGUCAGCAGCACAGGCCAGCUUCAGGGAACACGCCAAGAACAGCACCACGACUUCCCAGAGCACCACCACCACCACCACCCAGGACGGGAACCAGAACACGUACACACAGGGCAUGAUCCAGUUCGGGAACGAGUCGGGGUACUCCAGCAUGAGUAGCCCAGCCAGCAGCAAGAGCCAGUCUCCCCUUCACGACAACAACCAUCCACAGGUGCUCAACAACAACCAGAUGAUGGACAACACCAACAUGAACACCUUGCCACCUACCACUACCUACAAUGCCAACUCCACACUGAGCCAGCAGCAGCAGCAGCAACAGCAGCAGCAGCAGCAGCAACAUACUAUUGGCAUGAUGAACACACAGAUGGGAAACAACAACAUGCCCAGCAUCUCGACCACUCACGUGUCCAACAUCUCCAGCCCAAUGUCCAGUACGGUCAUGCCCAACACACCCAGCCCAAUGUCCACAUCGUCCAACCUGAACACCCCUAUGUCCAUGCCCUACAUCAUGCCCCUUGACACCAUCAAGACCGAGCCCACAUCUACAGGUGCCUGUGACUUCCCUGAUUCCAAUGGCAACCAGGCGACGGAAGUGUUGCGGAUGCUGGAUGAGGCGAAGCAGAUGCCGAUGGGGUCGAGAAGGCAGCUGAUAUUGCAGGUGCAGGAAGCAGUCUCCGCCCACCUCAGCACGUCCCUGAACACAACCAAGUCCGUUAAGGAAGCCAAGGAGAGACUUAGUAAAUCCCCCAUGCCGAUGCAGAUGCCCGACAUGAGCAAGCUGUCUCUAAAUGCCGACUCCAUGUGGCAAGGCUUUCUGUCCCAGAUGGUGCCAGAGAUCACCAACGUUGUCAAGUUCUGCAAGCGGCUGCCAGGCUUCACAGAGAUUGAGCAGGAAGACCAGAUUAAGCUGCUGAAGCAGGGAUCCUUCGAAGUGAUGAUGACUCGGAGCAGCUUCACGAUGCUGGUGGACAGGGACAAGGAGGAGAUGCUGGACCCAUCUCACAAGAUGAAGUGUCCAAAGGCGGUUAUCAUGUCGAUGCCAAUGGGGAACUUCUUUCAAGAGUUCUUCAAGGUUGCUGGAGAGCUCAACCCCCUGAAUUUGACGGACAGUGAGAUUGGAUUGUUCACAGCCUGCCUCAUCAUGUGUCCUGAUCGCGUGGGUUUGAAGAAUGUGAAGGCUGUGAAUAAGAUCCAGACUCUGUUCCAGCAGUCACUCUACAUGAUGCUGGACCAGAACCACUCUGAACCCGACACGCUGUUCCUGAAGCUGCUGACAUCAGUCCCCGUCCUCCGAACCAUCAAUGAGGAACACUCAAAGGCCAUCAACAACAUCAAAAUGACCCAACCAGGAACAUACGAGGAAGUGUUCCCAGCCUUGCAUCAAGAAGUGUUUGACGGCAAACUGUAGACUGCCGGUUGUGGCACAGACGAUAGACUGGAGGAGAAUGCUCCGGUGUGACCAGUCAGAGACUCCGUAGCCUGGCAGGCUGUGUGAUACGCGAUGUAGCGGAGAGGUUGUUGUUGUCAACAACUCAAGUACAGCAUCUGGUCACUGGUCCAGCUCAGUAAACCAUCUCUCAACUUUGUUUAAAAUUUUAGAAGUUGAAUGUAGCUGAAGGCAGAUGAAAUGGCUCAAUACUGUUGCAAUGUAACAAGUGAUUUGUUAGAUACUCUGUCAACAAGGACUAUUGUAUUGCUAUGACUUAACCUAUUGCAAGAGAUACAGUACAGACAUUUGUGCCUACAUCAAAGUAUUGUAUUUUGCAAAUGAGUGAGUUUGAGAAUAUUAUUAGAUGUACCAUAUUUAACAUAUUAAACACACAGAACGAUUUAAAAUUCCAAGUUUGUAUGAUCUUUGAGAACGUCAUCAGUUCAUUUUCACCAGAUUAGGAAAGAAUGUUAUAAAAGUCUAUUCAUGGAAAAGAAAUCUCAACUUUAUGUUGAUAAAAAUGUUUGUGGUCAAAAUGGGGUGCUUAAUACAUGGUUUAUGGUAAAUGGAAUCCAUUUUAGGGCAAGUCGUCGGUAACGACACUGACAUUACUUCAUCUUCAUUGAACAAAAACUUUUCCAUGACUAGCUUGAAAUUCUACGAGAGGUUGUAUGGCGUUGAAGGUGGGGAAUAUUGUGAACUUGUGAUACAGCGGGGCUUGAGGAUGCUGAGUGGAUGUGGGAGUGAUUGUCAGACUGACUGUAUUCAGCGGUGUGAAAGGUCUUAAUGUAAAUAUAUUUCAUGUGUCUGAAGGGCCCUGCCGACUGCCAAUUGCGAGAUUCAUGUAUUGUUUAUAAUCCAUCAUGUACUUUGAAUAUUAAUGUCUGAACAUUGUUAAGAAUUCAUUGUAAACACCAAUCACAUCAACAGAAGGAGAUGUUCUUGUACAGAAUAAUCUAUUUGUAUAUAACCUGCGUAACACUAGACUUUAGUCAGUGAGUUUUGAAGACUAAUUCCUCCUAUUUUCAGAGAAAUAAUUGACUGAUGUUCUAGGCAGAUCUUAAAGGUGUGCUCGUCAACACCUAUUCUCUCUUAGCUAGUUGAACUCCAUCACAUACUAGUUCAGUCUAGUUUAAUUCAGAUUCGUCCAGUUCAAUCUUGUUAAAGCAGGAGAAACAUUUCAAAAUGAUUUAGGAAGUAGAUAAUAAUUCCCUCAUUUUGGGGAUUGUUUUGGGUUUGAAUCCAGCUGAAACACCCAGUUGAAUGAUCUGUUGGUACCAUCUAUGGUUGUCUGACUAUGUUACUGCUGUUGUCUCGCUGACCUCGUUACAAGGACGUUCAGAUGCUGUUAACAUGCCAUUAAGAUGCUGUUAACAUGCCAUUAAGAUGCUGUUCAGAUGAUGCUUAGAUGAUUUGAAGAUGGUGAUCAGAUGAUAUUAAGAUGAUGAUCAGAUGAUGUUAAGAUGGUGUUAAGGAUGAUAUUAAGGAUGAUGUGAAGACGAGCCUCUUUUGAGUUCUAGGUGUAGUUAUUAUAUAUAUCAGUGUCUCGGUUGUCUUGUCCUGAUGCUUCUGUACCUUGUAAAUGAUUGAAUAUUUCGUGUUCACAAAGUGCAUAAUUUGUGUAUGAUAUUUCAGGGAAUAUAAUUAUGUACAAGCUCCAUAGUGCUGACUUUCACAGUGUCUGUUAUCUGUGUGUGUUUCAUCCAUCCUCGUUAGGGGAGGGACUUUGGCUCGUUAACCUCAGGUGUCAAACACUAAGUGCUAAACCAAAAAUUUCAGCAUCGGCCAGAAUUUUUUUCUUUACAUGACCGGAAACAAUUUUCUUAAAUAUUGACUCAGAUGUUAUUCUGUUCAUCUGCUGACUGCUUUAGGAGACUGUUUUGAAGUGAAUUUUUAUCUACAUUCUUUUUAGACUUUUUGAUUUUGUUAGGUUUUAUCUUGUUUGUUAUUUACUAUGCCUUGGAAACUUGUGUUUUAGUGGUUUGUAAUCUUGUUUCACGAUGCCGAUGUAUGGAAGUAAAAACUGGGAAUAAAGUUACAUAAAUACAAA